AGCGGGUUGUUUGUCUUAGGGUGCCGCUGCGACUGCUCUCUUUCGUCCCACAAUGGCGGCUGCGACGCUCCGCACGGUACUCCGCCGCAAUAGCCUUCUGCCCUUGUUCGAAACCUGCCGCCUUCGAGAUCUCUUCUUCUUCUCCUCCUCUGUCGACCUUGCCGCCGCUGUAGGCGUCACCACAUCUCCUGAUCCCCACUUCAUGGUGGAAUACCUCGUGAACUCCUGCGGGUUCUCCCCCUCCGAGGCAGCCAAGUUCUCUAAACCCCUUGCGCACCUCCGAUCCACCGAGAAACCCGACGCCGUCCUUAACUUCAUGAGAUCUCAGGGCUUCGACGGCGCCGGUAUCAGAAAGUUGAUAUCUUUGAAACCAAAUUACCUAUGCGCGAACGUGGAGAAGAAGUUGGCCCCGAAGUUUCAGUUCUUACGCGAUUUGGGCCUAUCGGAGUCGGACAUCGUCGAUGCCAUCCUGAAGAACCAUGGCAUCCUCCUCUUCAACGUUCAGCGUUCCAUCGUCCCCAAAUUGGAGAUGUGGGAAAGUCUCUUGGGAUCGAGAGAGCUUGUUCUCAACCAUCUCAAGAAGACAGGAUGGUUUUUCUCCUCCAGCGUUGAGAAGACGUUGCAUCCUAACCUAAAGUUCUUGAGGGAUGAGUGCGGCAUUCCUGAAGAAAGGGUCUCCGUCGUCUUGAGAAGUCACCCACAAUUAAUCUCACGGAAACCAGAGUCUCUCCGAGCUUUGGUGGCGAGAGCCGAUGAGCUGGGGAUGCCACGGCUAUCUCGGAUGUUCGUGCGGACACUUGAUGCUCUCCUCAUGGUAAGCAAAGAAAGGUUCGAGGCCAAGGUCGAGCUCAUGAGGAGCUUCGGGUGGUCGGAGUCGGAGUUUUCUUCUGCAGUCAGGAAAGCACCCACCUUCUUAUGCAUCUCCCUCGAUAUGAUGCGCAGAAAAAUGGAAUUUUUUAUCAAUGUAGUCGGGUACACCCCUUCCUUCAUCGCCUCCCAACCAACUAUCUUGCUAUAUAGUCUGCAGAAGAGGGUCAUUCCUCGGUUUCAUGUGACGGAGAUGUUGAAAUCGAAAGGAUUGUGGACUGGACAAUGCAAGUUUGUAUGUAUUCUCAUAAUGUCAGAUACCAAAUUCAUGGAGAAGUUUGUUCUCCCUCACAAAGAAAAUGUCCCUGAGCUGCUUGAUAUUAUGAGAGUUGCUGGCGCGUGUAAAAGAAAUGAUACCUUUCAUUUGGCAUCGGAGGAUGAGAAAGGGCUUAACUGAUUGUCUGAUUUGUGACGACGAAGUAUGCAGUGGCUUCAAUGGAAUUUGAAAGACCAGUUGCACUGGGUUGAUCAGGAGUCACCAGCUCUUCUGAAAUGUCUUCAACCGCCUUUGGAAUUGCUAAAGCUUUUCUCGCAUCAACAAACUCUUGCAUGCCUCCAUAGGCUUCUGCUCGUCCACUCUUUGUGAUUCCAGGUGCAGAUCUCUUCAUUCUUGGAGUUCAUUCUUGGAUUUGGUGGAUGCAACUUGUCAUCAUCAUAGCUGAAGCUUCUGCUCCACUUGAAAGCCUUCAGAAGGCUGCACAACUAAAUUUCUCCAACAUCUGAAUCGAACUAAUUCACUUGAGUUAGUCGAUUCGCUGGUUCCUUCUUUUAUUUCUUUGUUCAAGUCUUUAUGUUGUCGAUGUGGUCCAUGUUUCCCGCAUCAUGAAAGGCGUGGUCCAUUGGCUAGUCAAUCUUGGAUAGACUGUAAAUUCUCUAUGUUUUUUUGGGUCUUGUAAUGAUAGAUCAGUCUAGCUCAGUAUCUAAUCCAGUUUAAUCUUUAAUGAAAUUUCUCCUUUUUCGGUUAAAAAAAAAAAAA